AUGCAUUACUUAAAUUUUGUCGGUCCUUUAUUGCAAUCAUUUUCAGAAGCUCGAGGUGCAGCAGCAUCAGUGUUUCGAUUUAUUGAUGAGGGAAAUGAUACAAAUGCCAAUGAAAUAGACGUAUGGAAAGAGGAUAUAGAAGCUCUUGAUAAUAUCAAGGGUAAUGUUGAAUUUGACAAUGUCAACUUUAGUUAUCCAUCUCGAAAAGAUGUAUCAGUUCUCCAUAACCUCUCUCUUAUUGCUCGUGUUGGUAGAACAACUGCUCUUGUAGGUUCAAGUGGCUGUGGAAAAAGUACAUGUAUAUCACUUUUUCUUCGUUACUAUGAACCAUCAUCUGGUCGAAUAAUGAUCGAUGGUCGACCAAUAACACAUUACAAUGUCAAACAACUUCGACAAAACAUUGGAGUUGUUAGUCAAGAACCUAUUCUGUUUGGUACGAGCAUUUAUGAAAAUAUUCGUUUUGGUAAAGUAAAUGCAACACGAACAGAAAUUGAACAAGCAGCACGAGAAGCAAAUGCACAUAAUUUCAUCAUGCAAUUACCAGAUAAAUAUGAAACACUUGUUGGUGAACGUGGUAUACAGCUAAGUGGUGGCGAAAAACAACGUAUUGCAUUAGCUCGUGCUCUUGUCAAACAACCUACUUUUCUUUUACUGGAUGAAGCAACAAGUGCACUUGAUAACGUUAAUGAAAAAAUUGUUCAAGAGGCACUCGAUCGAGCAUGCAGAGAUCGUACAACUAUCGUUAUUGCUCAUCGUUUGACUACAAUUCAAAAUGCUCAUCAUAUAUAUGUAUUAGAUAAUGGAAGUGUGAUUGAGCAAGGUACACAUGAAACAUUAAUGACAAAAGAAGGAGGCAAAUAUCAAACAAUGGUUAAAUGUCAACAAAUGGAAAGAAUGAAUGAUGAUCAAGAUGAUAUGAUGAGCACAGAAAAUGCAACAAAAGAAGAUGAAAAGUCGAUAUGUAUGUUGAAAAUUCGAAUAGUAAUAGCCUUCAAUUUUCUUCGUCUUUUCUUUUUAUUAACAGUUGAACGUUCUCCUUUACUUAGCGAUAGUCAAACUGUUGAUAUAAACAAAUAUACAGCUUUUGCCAUAGCAGGGUCAAAAUUGACGCAGCGUAUUCGCUCGAAAGUUUUUGCAUGUCUUCUUCGUCAAGAAGCUGCUUAUUUCGAUCGACCUGAAAAUAGUACUGGUGCGAUUUGCGUUCGUCUUUCUUCUGAUGCAUCAGCUCUUCAAGAGAUGACUGGUACGCGAUUAGGAGUCAUUUGUGAAAUUGUCGCAUUGUCGUUUUUUGGAAUUUUAUUUGGAUGUUUCAUAAGUUGGCAAUUAACAUUAAUCGCUUUUGCUCCUCUUUUCUUAUUAUUCUUAAUCGUCUGUGGCGAAGUGAGUUUACGUUCAUGGAUUACUCAGCAAUCUGGUCUCAUUAUUGGACGAGCAAGCAUGAUUGAGCUGACAACUUUUCAUCUUAGCCUGCAUCAAUAUGGUAAUGUGACUUUAUCGCCAAUCUCAGCUACAUCAAUACCUUCAUUUCAAGAAAAAGUUAUGAACAAUGUUUAUUGGUUAUUCCUUGUUGGUACUGUCGAAUAUCUUGCCGACUCAAUUAAUAAUUUUAUUUGGACCAUUAGUAUGAGAAUACAGAUAUUUCGUAUGAAUGCUGCUCUCUUUCGAUCGCUUGUUCAACGCUCAUUUUCAGAAGCUCGAGGCGCAGCAGCAGCGGUAUUUCAACUGAUUGAUGAGGGAAAUGACGCAAAUGCCAAUGAAACAGAUGUAUGGAAAGAGGAUAUAGAAUCGAUUUACAAUAUCAGCGGUGAUAUUGAAUUCAGCGACGUCAACUUUAUAUAUCCAUCCCGAAAAGAUGCACCAGCUCUGCGUAAUCUCUCUUUUAUUGCUCGUGCUGGUCAGACAACUGCUCUCGUAGGCUCAAGUGGCUGUGGUAAGUAUUUUCAAAAACAAAAAGGUUAA